AGUGCCCACUUAUGUAAAAAUUAAUCAUGCUAUUAUAAACUUUUAUUCCUAGUCAUUACCACUACCACCACAUGGGACCAGGCAAUGAUACCCGAAUUUCAACAUUUUUUCUUCUGGGAUUGUCAAAGGAACAAGAAUCGCAGCCUCUUGUAUUUGGACUUUUCCUCUCCAUGUACCUGAUCACAGUGUUUGGAAACCUGCUCAUCCUCCUGGCCGUCAGCUCAGACCCCCACCUCCACACACCCAUGUAUUUCUUCCUCUCCAACCUGUCCUUUGUGGACAUCUGUUUCACUUCCACCACCAUCCCAAAGAUGCUGGUGAAUAUACAGACAGAGAACAAUCUCAUAACCUAUGCUGGCUGCAUCACACAGAUGUAUUUUUCCAUACUCUUUGGAGGUUGUGAUAACUUUCUUCUUGCUGUGAUGGCUUAUGACCGCCUCUUGGCUAUUUGCUACCCCCUCCACUACACAGUCAAAAUGAGCCCCUGGCUCUGUGGACUGCUGGUGCUGGUGUCCUGGAUCUUGAGUGUCCUGAACUCCUUGUUACAAAGCCUAAUGGUGUUACAACUAUCUUUUUGUACAGACUUGGAAAUCCCCCACUUCUUCUGUGAUCUCAAUCAGAUGUUCAAGCUUGCCUGUUCUGACACUUUUGUCAAUGACACUGUGUUACAUGUAUCAACUGGGCUGCUGGCUGGUGGUCCCCUUGCUGGUAUCCUUUACUCUUAUUCUAAGAUAGUUUCCUCUAUAUGUAGAAUCUCAUCAGCUCAGGGAAAGCAUAAAGCUUUUUCUACCUGUGCAUCACACCUCUCAGUUGUCUCCCUGUUUUAUUGUUCAGUCCUAGGAGUUUACCUUAUCUCUGCUGCUACCCACAGCUCAAGCUCAACUGCUGUAGCCUCGGUGAUGUACACUGUGGUCACACCAAUGUUGAACCCCUUUAUCUAUAGUCUGAGAAAUAAAGACAUAAAAGGGGCUCUGAAAAGAUUCAAUGGGAUGGCGGGUAUGAAAGGGUCAGUUAUCCUCGAGGUGAAGAAGUGCCCUUGA